AUGGCUCCUUCAAAGGUUUACUUAUUUGACGAGAUUGCCAAGCACAACAAAACCAAGGAUUGUUGGCUUGUCAUCUCUGGCAAGGUGUAUGAUGUCACCUCGUUCAUGGAUGAUCAUCCCGGAGGUGAUGAAGUUUUACUGUCAUCAACAGGGAAAGAUGCAACAAACGAUUUUGAAGAUGUGGGUCACAGCGAUUCUGCUAGAGAAAUGAUGGAAAAGUAUGUCAUUGGUGAGGUAGAUGUAACAACUGUUCCAUCAAAACGCAUGUACGUUGCACCAGGUUUGGGAGGAUCAAACCCUAACGACGAUAAGCCUGAAUUUCUGAUUAAGAUCUUGCAGCUACUCGUGCCGCUCUUGAUCUUGGGCUUAGCUCUUGCUGUGCGAAGCUACACCAAAAAAGAGUAG